CCACCAAACCGAAAAAGUGGACUGGCCCUCAACGUCAAUCGACUAAACGCACAUUUCAGAGUGCGCCUCUUCUCUUCUUCUUUUUCCUUUUCUCUUCACUUGCGUGGACCUGAAUAUUUACAUCAGCAGCAACCGUCAAAAUGGUCAAGAAGAGAAAGAACAACGGCCGAAACAAGAAGGGCCGCGGCCACGUCAAGCCCAUCCGAUGCAGCAACUGCUCGCGAUGCACCCCCAAGGACAAGGCGAUCAAGAGAUUCACCAUCCGCAACAUGGUUGAGUCUGCUGCUAUUCGUGACAUCUCGGAUGCCUCCGUCUUCGCGGAGUACACCGUGCCCAAGAUGUACCUGAAGCUGCAGUACUGCGUCUCUUGCGCCAUUCACGGCAAGAUUGUCCGUGUCCGAUCCGUCGUUGGCCGACGCAACCGUGCCCCUCCCCCUCGCGUCCGCUACAACAAGGACGGCAAGAAGAUCGUCCCUACUGCCCCUAAGGCUUAAAUGGGUUGAUAUGGCUUGUCUUGGGAUGGAGUCCGGUUAUGAUAGCAUCAUUCAAAAAAUAACGGAUGGGAUGAAUACCUUUGGGAUUAUGAGUCUAAGAGAUUCCAAAAUUCAAUCGGACGACGUUUGAUGUCCACACGUCAUUGACAAAUAUCUU